AUGGCCACUAUGCAGAACAUGAAAUGUGUGGUCGUUGGUGACGGUGCGGUGGGGAAGACGUGCGUGCUCAUUUCGUACACGACCAACACGUUCCCGAGCGAGUACAUCCCGACGGUGUUUGACAACUACAGCGCCAACGUGAUGGUAGACAGCCGGCCGAUCAAUCUGGGGCUUUGGGAUACGGCCGGACAGGAGGACUACGACCGGUUGCGGCCACUUAGUUACCCACAGACGGAUGUGUUCCUCGUCUGCUUCUCCGUCGUCAGCCGUGCUUCGUUUGAGAACGUCAAAUCGAAGUGGGUGCCCGAGAUCCGCCAUCACGCACCAGGGGUGCCGUUUAUCCUCGUUGGCACGAAAUCUGAUCUCCGUGAUGAUGGAGAGACGCUGGCAAAGUUGCGAGAGAGGAGGCUCGCUCCGAUCAGUCAAGAGCAGGGCGAGGCGCUCAAGACCGAGCUCGGCGCGUAUGUCUACAUCGAGUGCUCGGCUCUGACGCAGAGGGGACUGAAGCUGGUCUUUGACGAGGCGAUUCGAUGUGUCGUCACAAAUCAGCAGAACCCCAGGAACCACAAAAAAACGUUCAAGUGUUCGAUCUUGUAG